CAGGCCCCUGACUGGUGGGGGAAGCAGACAGCCCCUGGCAGCAGCCCUGGGCUGGCCGGCUAAUGGGAAGCAGCCCCGUCUGGCCGCCCCUUGGCCCUUGCGUCACCGUCACCGUCACGCCUGGACUAUCGACCAAGUGCCCGCCUGACAGCCCUCGACUCUAACGUGCCAUACUUACAACAGCAUCAUCAUCACCAUCGUCCUCCCGGGCAUUCACAUAUCCCUUCGUGCCUACUUAUCGCGAAGGGUCGGGAUUCGUACCCACUCAUUAUUUUCUUUCCUUAGGUACACCUUGAGGGACCCAGCCCGACAGCUUCGAACCGGGGAUCCGACCAGGUCGGCCCCGCUUAAUUUGCACUACUGAAAUAAGGGAAACCCCCGACCACCAUCUUUCCUUGAAUCCCGAGCAUACAGAACCGGCAUUUGGCUACGAGGAAAUCACCAUGUCCGAUGCUGAAGCAUCUCCGCUGCUGUCAGCGGAAGAGAACACGCCGCGACAGGAAGUCGACGGGACUGAGUCCACGCCGCUGCUCUCGGACUCGGUUGACUCUGGGCGUUACGAUGGAGCUGAGCAAGAGCAACAAAGGGGCAACGACAGCGCGUCCGUCAGGUCGUACCGCAGCGAUGGCUCUACGACGAAGCCUUCACGACGGAGAUGGGCCUCGAUCAUCGCGAUGGCCAUUCUAGGCUUGCUCACAAUCAGCAUAAUGUUUGGUGCUUUCUUCGUCCCCAAGGCCGUCGAGGAAUACGCCAAGGAGGCUGCUGUACUCGAACCUACAAACCUCUCGCUCGAGUCCAUCACUGCAAAUGGGGUGCGCGCGCGCGUCCAAGCGAACUUCAAGCUAGAUGGAUCAAGAGUCGAGAACGAGCAUGUCAGGAGGGUGGGACGUGUCGCAACAUGGUUCGUCCGCGGACUGGGAAUCGACGCUACUCGAGUAAAUGUCUUUCUCCCAGAGUACGACAAUAUACGCCUCGGCAGCGCUGCCAUACCGCCUCUCAACCUGAAGAUCAACGGCGACAUCACGGCCAUCGAUUUCGUUGCAGAGCUCAUGCCCGGGGAAGCUGACGGCAUACGUACUAUCGCCAACGAGUGGCUGGAGGGCAGGCUGGGGAGGCUACGGGUGCAAGGAAAGGCCGACAUCACUCUCAAGACGGGCAUCAUUCCCCUCGGCACGCACGCCGUGUCUGAAGCCCUCACUAUUGAAGGGGGCGACGUACCAAGCAUUCCAGAGUAUAACAUCACCAAGGUCUUGUUCCGAGACAUUGAUAAUCACACUGUGGCCGCGGAUGUCACUAUUGACGCGAUGAACAAGUACCCCAUCGAGGUGGUUGUCCCACCACUUGGGUUCGAAAUUCUCGUGCCCAACUGCGGGAUCAACGACCCAUACAUACUCGUUGCUGACGCCCUGACGGACCCCAUCGGCAUACGACCUCGAGAACUGGUCGUUGCUAGCGUCCACGGGGUGAUUAGGCACCUUCCAGACGCGUUGACUCGGUUAUGUCCCAACUCUGAAUCGUCACCGUUGGACCGCUUCAUCAAGGAAUAUCUUGGCGGGAAAGCUGCAACUGUCUUCGUGAGGGGCAAACAAACGCCCUCGCUCGGUACCCCUCAAUGGGUUGAUGAGAUCUUGUCUCAGGUCACUGUACCGGUACCUUUCCCGGGUCGUACCUUUGAUAACCUUAUCCGCAACUUCUCCUUAACCGACGCACAUUUCAGCCUGCCUGAUCCGAUGGCUGACCCCGACGACACUGCGUCAAAUCCCACAGUGUCAGGAACUAUCAAUGUCAUCGCUGGAUUACCUAAGGAUAUGAAUUUUGCCAUCAACGUCACCAAAGUACGCGCAUCUGCAGAUGUCUUCUAUAAGUCCAAAAAGCUUGGUGUUCUGGACGUGCACCAGUGGCGAGAUGCAAACUCGACGAAAAUCCAGGGCGACCCCGAGGACCCCGAGCUACAGAUUACGUCUCGCAUUGACGAUGCACCUCUGAAUGUGACAGACAGCGAUGUUCUUACCGAGGUGAUACAGACCUUGCUCUUUCAGGGGAAGUCGGUUCGUUUGGAUGUCAAGGCUCUUGUCGAUGUCAAAGUCCAAACAGUCCUCGGUCAGCUGGUUUUGAAGGAUGUCCCCGCUGAGGGCAAGAUUCCAGUAAAACCUAUCAUGAAGAAGCCGUCGGGCGGAUCAAAACAAGAUCCGCUUCACAGUAUCAACCCCAGGGUCGGCAGCAUUAUGAUUAUGAAUACAUCACCGGGUGCUAUAGAGUUGCGCGCCCUUGUUAACUUUACCAACCCGUCACCUUAUACCGCGCACAUCCCAUAUGUCAACGCUCACAUCCUCUGCAACGAGUCCGUCAUCGGCGAAGUCAUCGCGGAAGACCUCGACAUUUCAAAAGGUAAUAAUACGAACCUCAUCGUCACAGCAAAGUGGAACCCGUCGCUAGGUGGCGAGACAGCCAAGGUCAUCGCGAGAAAUUUACUGUCACAAUACCUCUCUGGGCGGAAUACGUCGCUUACUGUACGAGCGCACCGCAACAGCAUACCGUCACAGCCGGCCCUUGGUGAGGCUUUAUCACACCUGAACCUAACCGUGCCGACCCCACACCUCCAACUGCCUGGCGACGGCGACGGCGACGGCGACGGCGAUGGGGACGGUGGCAGGGCAGGGCACUUCAUUCGAGGCGCCACGUUCCACGUUGUCUCCUCCUCGGCAACCUUCACUCUCGCCAGCCCAUUGCAGUACAACACCGUGUAUAUCGAGCAUAUCAACGCCACCGCGUUCUACAACCACACCGAACCGGUAGGCAAGAUCAUCUACGACCUGCCCAUUGCUGCGCCACCUGGUCUGUCGCAGACUCCACGGCUGCCGGUAGACUGGAGCAUCGGAAAUGGUGACACGUACGACAAGAUCAGAAAUGCGCUUGGCGGGGGCUUGAAGCUCGACGCUAAGGCCGUCGUCGGACUGAGGAUCGCAAACUGGAGGGAAACCGUCUGGUACGAAGGGCGGGGGAUUGGCGCGCGUGUCAGGCUGUGAACGGCAUACACAGUCACUUUACGUGAUACCUUUUUCGGGGGCUCAUUUAUAUACUGGUGGCUACCAUUUUGAAAUGGGAAAGGGCAGUGGAUAUGUAACCACCGGAAAGCCCUGGCGUUGGGAUUGGCGUUCUCGAGGCCCCCAGAGAACAUGUCUUAUGUCAAUAGAAUAACCAGGCAUCACCUAGUAAAUCCCUCUCUACACUUA